GACUAGAUCGGAUCGUCAGCCCUCAGAGUGCAGAGACUCAGUGAAUACAUAGACGCACCCAGUGAGAGAAAGUCAAAAUAUUGACCGUAUUUACACACAGCGUUUGCAAAUCCAGUGCAGUGUCGUGCGAUUAUGCUGGUUUAUUUAUUUCCUAUCUAUUCGUGUGGAAUUUGAUAUUUUUAGUUCUGACUUUACCAGUCCUCUUUACAAGAGGAGUGUAUAUGUGCGUCUUGGCUCUCUUCCUCUCUCGCGCUGCAAUGUUUGCGCCAAAGCCAAAACUCACAGACCGGGGCAGAAUUGAUUAAAAGAAGAAGCGUAGAUCAAAUGGCUGUGUUUCUGACGACUCAAACUGCAUGGUUUUCGAUUGACACGACGCAGAGAAGAGGAAUUUCAGAUUUUGGCACCCUUAUUGCUGUGUCGUUUGCCUUUCUACGGACAGAAUCGACAGGAGAUGUUCACUCAUCAUAGUAAAACGGAAUAAUAUUGUUUUAUUUAUUUUUUGUAUUCAAGUGCACUUGAGAGAGGAAGUGGAGAUGAUUUUGUUACUAAUCCUGGUCUCCAUCCUGGACGGAGCGCUUUCCCAGCUGCAUUACUCCGUCCCGGAGGAGCAGGAACCGGGGACCGUGGUUGGAAAUUUAUUGGAGGAUUUGGGGUUGGACAUCACAAAACUUUCCUCUCGCCGUUUCCAGACUGUGCCCAGCUCGAGGAAUCCGUACUUGGAAGUGAAUCUGGAGAACGGGGCGCUAUUAGUCAAGGAGAAAAUCGACCGCGAGGAGAUAUGUAAGCAGACCACUCCGUGCCUACUGCAUCUGGAAGUGUUUUUGGAAAGUCCGCUGGAGCUUUUUCGGGUGGAGAUCGAGGUUCUGGAUAUCAACGACAAUCCCCCCCGUUUUCCCGAGACCGAUAUUUCCGUGGAGAUAUCAGAGAGUGCCAUCCCCGGUACCCGCUUCCCCGUGGAGAACGCAUUCGAUCCUGACGUGGGCACGAACGCGCUCAAUACAUAUGCCAUAACGAACAAUAACUACUUUUACCUGGACGUUCAGACGCAGAGCGAUGGAAACAAAUUCGCUGAGCUGGUGCUGGAAAAACCAUUAGACCGGGAGCAGCAGGCGGUGCACCGGUACGUACUCACGGCCGUGGAUGGAGGGAUACCACAGCGGACUGGCACCGCUCUCUUAGUGGUUAAAGUUCUGGAUUCCAACGAUAACGCGCCCACGUUUGACCAGUCAGUAUACACAGUAAACCUUCGGGAGAAUUCUCCCAUGGGAACGCUGGUAAUUCAGUUAAACGCCACGGAUGUAGACGAGGGACAGAACGGAGAGGUGGUGUAUUCCUUCAGCAGUCACAACGCACCACGGAUAAAGGACCUAUUCAAUAUCGACGCCAGAACUGGACGGAUAGAGGUAGCUGGAGAGGUGGACUAUGAGGAGAGCAAUACGCACCAGAUAUACGUUCAGGCGAAGGACCUGGGUCCAAAUGCUGUCCCCGCGCACUGUAAAGUGCUGGUAAAGCUCGUGGACGUAAAUGACAACACACCGGAGAUCAGUUUCAGUACGGUGACGGAGUCUGUGAGCGAGCAAGAUGCCCCGGGCACAGUGAUAGCGCUCUUCAGCGUCACGGACCGGGACUCUGGUGAAAACGGACUGAUGACCUGCGAAAUACAAGGAGAUGUGCCGUUCAAACUUAAGUCGUCGUUUAAAAAUUACUACACCAUUGUCACGGACGGACCGUUAGACAGGGAGAACACAGACUCAUACACAAUCACUGUGGUGGCCAAAGAUAAGGGGCUGCCCUCACUCGCUACGAGCAAGUCCAUCAAAGUCCAUGUCUCGGACGAGAACGACAACGCACCCCGGUUUACGCAGCCGGUUUAUGCAGUGUACGUGACAGAGAAUAACGUACCUGGCGCCUUUAUCCACGCUGUGAGCGCUUUGGACCCUGACGUAGGGCCAAACGCCGUUAUUACCUUCUCCAUAUUGGAGUGUGACAUCCAGGGCAUGUCCGUGGACACAUACGUGUCAAUCAAUCAAGACACUGGCUACCUAUACGCUCUGCGCUCCUUUGACUAUGAACAACUGAAGGAGUUUAGUUUUAUGGUCCAAGCUAAAGAUUCCGGAAACCCCGAGCUCUCCUCCAACGCCACAGUAGACGUUAUCAUCGUAGACCAGAAUGACAACCCGCCCUCGGUUAUUUCCCCAAUCGGUAAAAACGGAACUGCUAAAGAGCACCUACCGCGCUCGGCAGAGCCUGGUUACCUGGUGACACGCAUCGUUGCCAUGGACGCGGAUGACAGCGAGAACGCACGACUGUCCUACAGCAUACUACGGGGGAACGAGAUGGGUAUGUUCCGUAUGGACUGGAGGACGGGGGAGCUAAGGACUGCCAGGCGGGUGUCCACUAAACGGGACCCCCAGGGCUCCUAUGACCUGUUGAUCGAGAUAAGAGACCAUGGGCAGCCACCCCUCUCCUCUUCGGCAAGUGUGAGCGUCAUCCUGGUGGAUAGCGUGGUUGAAGGCCGCAGCGGGGACAGGGGCUCCACUGCCAAGUCCAAGGAGACCUCUCUUGACCUCACCCUUAUCCUCAUCAUCGCCCUGGGCUCUGUCUCCUUCAUCUUCCUGCUCGCCAUGAUUGUUUUGGCCGUGCGCUGUCAGAAGGACAAAAAACUGAACCUGUACACGUGCCUCCUCGCGGGAGAAUGCUGUCUGUGUUGUAGCUCGUGCUGCAGCCGCCAGGCUCGCGGACGGAAGCAGAAGAAGCUGAGCAAGUCAGACAUCAUGCUUGUCCAAAGCACCAACGUGACGUCAGGGGUCGGUCCGGUUGGGCAGGUGCCCGUGGAGGAAUCCGGGGUGGGCGGCGUGGGCGGCGGAUUUGGGUCCCAUCACCACCAGAACCAGAAUUCAUACUGCUAUCAGGUGUGUCUGACACCAGAGUCCGCCAAGACGGAUCUAAUGUUCCUGAAACCAUGCAGCCCUUCUAGGAGCACUGACACCGACCACACCAACCCGUGCGGGGCAAUUGUCACAGGAUACAGUGACCAGCAACCGGACAUAAUUUCUAAUGGCAGCAUCCUCUCCAAUGAGACGAAACACCAACGGGCAGAACUCAGUUACCUGGUCGACAGGCCUAGGCGCGUGAACAGUUCUGCAUUCCAGGAGGCGGACAUUGUCAGUUCUAAAGAUAGCGGACACGGGGACAGCGAACAAGGGGACAGUGACCACGACGCCACCAACCGGGGUCACUCGGCCGGCGCCGACCUCUUCUCUAACUGCACAGAGGAGUGUAAAGCCCUGGGCCACUCGGACCGCUGCUGGAUGCCCGCCUUCGUGCCCUCUGACGGGCGCCAGGGGCCCGACUAUCGCAGCAACCUGCACGUGCCCGGCAUGGACUCCGUGCCCGACACCGAGGUACCGGCGCUCGAGCGCGUCACCGCCGCCACCGACCUCCCCACCUCCACCUCCACCACCGAUAGGUCAUUCUCCACCUUCGGCAAGGAAGGUCAAGGGUCAAACCACCUGCACCAAUCACAGUACAGCACCAGCACGCUAGAGAGGACAGAGUAUGAUAGCCUGAGAGGAACCCUCCCGUACAAACCCACCUUCCUCUCCCACAAAAGGAUUUGUUAGCUCCUUCCGUGUGGACUUGUCUGAGACGGCGUGAGCUUCCCACAGCAGAGAGACCAACGAGGGAGACAAAACAAAAACAAAAAAAACAACAAGGACAUCGUCUUGUUUCCGAACUCUGUCAACAUACUUGCCCAGCUGUAAUGGAGAACUUGGGUUUAUGUUGCUUUGGGAGAUGGUGGGGGGGUGAGGGGUGGGGGGCGGGGGACGGACAGGGUAAGGUAGGACGCCAGGUUGGCAAGAAUGUGGGGGGGAGGAAGUUGCAGAUGGACUUGGGAACUUCCUGCUAGGCUUCUAGGACCAUGUAAGGCCUUCCUUUUUCUCAGCAGGCCUGAGACUUGCAGCGAAAGCUUAACAACAUGGACGCAAAAUGUGAACAAGAUUGCGUGAACGCCAAGGCAACAAGGAUGACUGGGGAGGUUGACAGUGACCCAGGGAGCAAGGAACUACAGCAAAGAUAGAGACGAAAGUAAGACAAAGACUUGCGGGAGUACCGAAACAGACAUGUUAACAAAGUGGACGGGGUGGGGGUCAAUGUACUCCC